UCUCUGAAGUAGACGUUGGUAAUGGCGGACUUGGCUCUCUGUUGGAGCAGGAAGAGAAAAGCAUCAGCUUGCUCUGCGCGGUGGCAGGACCUAACAACCAGCGGAGGGAACAUGGUGUCCACAGUAGCCCUCCUUCUUGCCGUACUGGCCUCUGUGUGUGGACAAGCCGCUGCUGAAAAGCAGCUAGUUUAUGCUACGGUGUUGUUUCGUCAUGGUGACAGAUCACCAGUAAAAGCCUUUCCCACUGACCCCUACCAGGAAGACGCCUGGCCUCAGGGCUUCGGUCAGCUGUCGCAGGACGGGAUGAGGCAGCAUUAUGAGCUGGGCCAGUUUCUGAGGACGCGAUACAAGAACUUCCUCAAUGAAUCCUACAUCCGACACGAGAUUUUAGUUCGUAGUACAGAUUUUGAUCGCACCCUGAUGAGUGCCUUGGCCAACCUUGCAGGUCUCUACCCUCCUAAAGGUCAGCAGAUAUUUAGACCCACUUUAAAGUGGCAGCCCAUACCUGUGCACACAGUCCCGCAGAGUGAAGAAAGGCUGCUCUCAUUUCCUUUGGGAGACUGUCCUCGCUACAAGCAGCUGAUGAAUGAAACUGAACACACAGCAGAAUUCCUUAAUGUUACAACAGCAUACUGGGACUUGAUAGAGCUGGUAAAAAAUAAAGCAGGAGUGAAGAAGGCUAAUGUGGAAACAGUGUGGAGUGUGUAUGACACACUCUUCUGCGAGUCCCGUCACAAAAUGCCACCUCCUGGCUGGGUGACUCCAGAAGUAAUGGAGAAGCUCCGGUUUCUGAAAGACUUUGGAUUUCAGCUCAUAUUUGGAGUCUACAAACAACAAGAGAAGAGUCGCCUGCAGGGAGGUCUUCUGCUUGGUGAAAUUGUGAGGAAUCUCACCAAGAUGGCUGUCCCAGACCCACAACAACGACUCAAACUGAUGAUGCUGUCAGCGCAUGACACAACCGUAGCUGCUCUUCAGGCCAGCCUGAGUGUGUUCAACGGAAAGCAACCGCCUUACGCCUCCUGUCACAUAAUCGAAUUGUACAGGGAAGAGAAUGGCUCUAUGUCGGUGUCAAUGUUUUACCGUAACGACACCAGUGUGACGCUGUACCCACUCCAGUUGCCAGGAUGCACUCUUGACUGCCCCCUAGAGGACUUUGUCGGGAUGACAAAGCCAUUCAUCUCGGAUGAUAGGGACAAGGAGUGUCAGCUGCCGUCACAGUGGAGAGAAAGACAAGUCAUCAUCAGCCUAGCCUUGUCAGGCUGCCUGCUCCUCGCCAUCAUCGCCAUCCUCCUCUGUGUCAUUUGCCGGCACAAGGAGUCCAGCAGCAACAGAGGAUAUCGUCAUGUGAUCAACCAGGAAGCUGGAGAGGAAUCCUGACAGACACACAAGCUCCUGCUUCGGAGAUCUACGAGCCUUGUUUCGUGGGGCAGCAACGAUGACGAUGAUGAACUUUGAAUGUGGAGAAUUUAGGAAUUGUCUGAACAGAUCACUGUGCCUGAGAUUAAAUUUGGAAUAAUGUGAAAAUGUUUUAUUCUUUGACGUGUGUUGGGGUCUGGGAACAGUAUGGGUCGUGUUGGUCCACUUUGCUGAUUCUAAGGCCUGAUGGCCAAGAUGCCUUAAAUAUGUUUUACUUAUGUUAUGGUACCAUGUUUCAUUGGGUCUAAGCUUUCUAUUCUGAAUAUUUCAGAUUUGUCUUUAUCAAAGUAAAAACAAUUUUGAUACCAAUUUGACAGGCUUUGGAAACACUGUAAAAAUGUUAGGGGAAUUAAAAAGGGCAGGAAUGGAAAAACUAGAAAAAUAAAAGGUUCUUUUUGAACAAUUACAUUUUGUACCUUAACGAGAAAGCGUUAACUUGUUCUUGGGACACAUACUGAAUUAGGGUCUCAGUGUUUACUGAUGUUAAAACUUCCUGUUUUAUGUGUGUUUCAGAACCCCUAUGUGUCAAAGUAUUUGUCCUUAAUUGUCUACAUGCUGAUAAUGUAUAAUUUUUAUUUCUAACCAAAAUAAAUUACUAUUGAGUAUAAUUUAUAAUGCAAAUCAAGGAAAA